AUGGCCAACGGCAACAUCAACGUGAACAAUACCGCCUUGGCCGAGGACGCAGAAAUGGCCAUGCCCGGAGGCGCGACAAGUGACAUGGAUGCGGACGAAGCUAACGCAAUCAACAUCAAAGUCGAGGCAGAGGACGACGCACACUUCUCUUUGCCCUCUGUGCCCCUUGUGUCUGAGGCUACGACAUCCGACUCGCCAGGAAGGCUGCCUUCGAUCGAACUGGAAGCCGUGGUCUCCUGCACGUCUGACGGCCUCGUGGUCAUUCUUAGAAAAGCGCGACCGCCAAUCCCACCAGCGCAUCCCCCAUUGGUGGCUCCCGACUACGGCGACGGGCUUUUUGCCGCACCCUGGGGCCAGCAGCCCAUCCAGCCACACUUUCCACAGGAAUCUUUGUAUACAUUUCGGGCCCCCUUACUGCCGCAGUACAUGCCCCUACGACAGAACGUAAAGGAUGCCGGCGGGCCGCCACUGGACACCCUUAUGGGGUCGAUACGCGAUGUGGCCGUAUUUGCAUGGGGCGUCGUCGGCAUCAACCCUGCCUUGGCUGCGUAUGGCCGAGGCCUGCCGUCCGGCGAGGCACGACCGACUUCCGGCUCACGACCAGGCCGUCAACAAACCAGACAUGGGACAACCAAUGACAACACGAACACCGCUACCUUUCCCAAACAGGACAAAGGAAAAGCUCCCGAGAACGAAGCGACGAGCCAACCACGCACCUAUACAGCAAGACGAGUACCGGCCGAUGCCAGCCAUAAUGCCCUUGAUCCAGUCAGGAGCAGCAUCGUGAGCAACUCAUGUGGCUACCAGUCGAUGCUGCUGCCGUCCACGGGCUCGAACUGGGGCUAUACUCACUCCCGAGAAACGACGGCGGCUCUUAUGGAGCAACCCCAAACUGCUCGAAGCCUCCAACAACUGCCUCAAAACUACAGUUCGUCCUUCCCACCAAGCUCGUCUAGUCCCAAUGCACCGUUCCGACGGCAUACAACUUCGAGAGGCACCGGUAACCAGCCGCCGUCAUACGGAUCACCAGUUGCACAAGGUCCUUCAGCGACCACGACCGGCUCGAUGCAGGAUCGCCAUUUCGGGUGGCGCUAA